UGCGGCGGGCGAUGGCGGAGCGGCGGCGGCGGGCGGCGGCGGCCGCCGAGCUCUACGGCCGCCUGUUCGAAAUUUAUGAUGAAGGAAAGAAAAGUAUCUCUGAACAUCCCUAUCUUUUUGAGACAGAUGUAGAGAUCCAUUUGAUUGGCGGUAAUAGCAAAAGUCCUGCUGAAAGAUUUUGGAAUGGAAGCAAUAUGGUAUAUAUUUUGCAGAAAGCAGGACAGAAGGAAGAAAGUGACCCGAUGGAAGAAUCAAAAGCAGAUGAUGCUAUUUAUGAUUCUGAGCUUUUACAAGAGGAGAGUUCUGGACCAGUUCCUCUUUCUGUUAGAAGAGCAAAGCAGUUGAUUUCACUCUAUACAAUGGUACAAAAUCCAAACAUGACCCAUUUGAAGAUAAGCAAACUGGUUGUGCUUCCUCCUCUCUGGAUAAGGUGUGAUAGCUCUGAUCCUGAACAUACUUGUUGGCUUGGGGCUGAGCCUCUCAAAACUGGAAACAAAAUCACAGGGAUCUAUUUGCAUAUGGUUACAUGUGAUGGUCCUACAGCUGAUAAAACCUGUUUUGCCAGUCUAGAAGAUCUCCAAAUGGCACACAAAAUCAAGUAUCAUUCAUCUGUGACGAUGACAAAAGGCUUUGCUCGGUAUGAACUUAUUAGAGCUGCUGCAAUAGAGGACACACUUGUAGAAUCUGAAAGCAAUAUAUAUAUUGAUAUUACGUGGAAUACUGUAGAUAAGAUUCUACAGACUCCUCCGCUGACUUCAGCUGCCACACUGAACAUUACGCUGGAAUCUGGGGACCCCAGAAGUCCUGUAUAUCAGCUAUAUAGAGAACUCCAGUUUCUCCUUGCUUUGGCAGAAGGUUUGAAGACAGGUGUGACUGAGUGGCCUGAGCCCUUAGAAUCUGAAUCAGCUGUUGAACUUGUCCAGGAAUUUCUGACUGAUUUAAAGAUGAAACUGGAUGGAUUCUGUACAUCAGGAAACAAGAAUGAAACAGAGAAAAUUAAAUGUGACACUGCAGCAGUGGACAGUUCAAUAAAAUCAAUCUUCAGUGAGCGAGGAGACCUGGAUUUUGCUGAACAACUUUGGUGCAAAAUGAGAAGUGUCAGUUCUUAUCAAGAGUUGGUAGAAUGUUUCACAUUGAUUAUAAGAUCCCUGGAACGUGGUGAGAUACAGCCAUGGAUUCAUCAAGGGAGUAGCAAUUUGCUAAGUAAAUUGAUUCAACAAUCUUAUCAUGGAAAGAUAGAUGGCAUUUCCCUCACUGGUAUAACUCCAAUUCAAAUGCUCUUGGAGAUUGGUUUGGAUAAGAUGAAGAAGGAUUAUGUCAGUUUUUUCAUAGGUCAGGAACUUGCAACAUUAACCUACUUGGAUUACUUCAUUUCCACAUUGGUAGAUCUACAAGAGCAAGUUCAUCGUGUUCAAAAACUUCACCAUAUGCUGGAAAUAAUGGUCAGCUGUACCGUCUUACUUCAGUUCAAACAUGAGAACCUCUUCCCUUUGACACAAACAUGCAUUAAGUAUUACAAGGAAAACCCUCUAAAUGAGAAGCAUGUGUUUCAGCUGCCAAUCAGACCAGCUCUUGUCAAGAAGUUCUAUCAAAAUGACCAUCCACAAAUAUGGAAGGUGGACAUAAGUAGUGGGCAUGGACAGAAGGAAGUUAAAACGACGUGGCAAGUUAGUACUAAUCCCCCAGCUGAACAUAUGAAAUCCAACAAUAUAGGUCUUCUAUGCGAUUCCACAGUUAAUGGAGACAGUGAAGAAAGAAUGUAUUUUAUUACAAUGGCUAAAUGCAGUCAGGUGCAUUUCACGUAAAUGCGUAUUGCUCUACAAGCAGGCACUUGCAAGGUACAGUAAAAGGGAAAGUUCAGUAUUGUUUGUAUCUUAGCAGUAUAUUUAGAAAUAUUCUGUGAUUUGAAGAGCAGUACAUUUUAUUAUUUGCUUUGAUGUGCUUAGUGUGAUAUCUACAGCUAUAAAUAACUGUACAUAUAUUGUUUGUUUAUAAAGA